CCCCAUUCUGAUAAGCUAUAAAACGAGUGCUGAAACAGGCACGUUAUCUCAUUCACCUCCUGAUCAAAGAUGGAUCUGCAAAUGUCACUUUUUAUUCUGUUCUCUCUUUUCACUGCAGGAUACUCUCUCAGCUGUUAUGACUGCAUGAGUCCGUCAGGCUCUUGUGCCCAGACGAGUCAGUGUGUCACUGGAUUUACCAACUGCUUCAGUGCAACAGUUACUGUCAACAGUACUACAGUUAAGGUUAAAAGUUGUGCUCCGUCUGUCUGUCCAAGUGGAUCCAUCAACCUUGGCAUUGGAAAAGGCUCUUAUUUGUGCUGUAGCACAGAUCUCUGUAACGCCCAAGAUGCUCCAGAUCCCAGCACUAACGCUCCCAAUGGAAAGUCAUGUUACUAUUGUGAUGGACAGAGCUGCUCAAGCAAAUUGAGCUGUUUAGGGACUGAAGACCGCUGCUUUAAUGCAACAGUGACUAUUGGAGUCCAGUCACAGGUUUUUAAAGGCUGUGUCUCUAAAUCUCUUUGUGAUGCCACCACAACAUUGCUUCCUGGUGUAGGAAGUGUCUCAUGCUGUGAGGGGAACCUGUGUAACAGUGCUAAAAGUGUCACUCAGAGCUUCCUGUUCCUCUGCUGUUCUCUGCUCUCCUUCAUCCUGCUGCACUGAAUCCAGCAGCUCUUCACAGUCUACAGCUGCAGCAAAGACAUGAUAUUAUGUGCUUUACAAACAUAUAACUUGUAUUACCUCUGUACUAUAUUUGACUUGGUGUGAAGAAUUUAAAAAGAUAUACAAAAUCUGAUAAUUGGCUACUUCAUAUUCACUCAAUAUUUACUUAAUUCAUUCCUGUUAAACUCCAGAAAGAUGUUCCAUCUUUGAUAGCAGAUGUUUGCAGCUUUAUGUAUUUUGCUAUAUUGGUAAAUUAUUUGUUUAAUGUGUAUUAAUGCUUUUGAGGUGAAAAAGGGUAAAGGUGAUAAAUCUGUAACUCAAGGCUACAUGAGGGGCUGCUGGUGCACAAUGUCUUCACCAGUACAGUAUUUGCAUGGUGAUCAUUUGUAUCAGUAUUGAUAUUAUAUAAAAACGGGGUAAAGGUUGAUCUAGCUGCCUUAUUUUUAAUCUUCCACUUUCUUUCACACAAAUGAUGUUGCUUUAACUAUUAAAGAGAAAAAUACAUUUUACAGGACAAAAAUGUAGAUAUUAAGAUUUAUAUCACAUUUUCCCCAAGAGGAUUUUGCAUCAUUAUACCCAUCUUUUCAUAUGUUUUUAAUUUGAGUUUACAGGUGCCUGCAAGAACAAAAAGUUUGCAUUUUCAUGACUUUUAUGAAAAUUUUAUGUAUUAAGAUGGUCAGUCAAAACACUUUGUUAAAUCAUACUGUUACUAAUUUAUAUUCUUUAAUGCUUAGUGUAUUUUGUCAUUUAAUGUGUUUGGCUACAGCUGCAAAAAAGACUAUUAAAGUUAAAACUAA